UGAGAUCCACCCAUCAAUUUAUGUACAUUGGGUUAAGGAGUUACGACAUCGUACAUGACCCUUCUUUUUAUGCUUCUUCUACAAAGUAAUUUCUCAUCCGAAUAAAAACAACCAAAUCAGUCAAGCAGAAGAUCAGACGAAUUUUUGUCAACUCGCGAGACAUCAAAACCUCAAUUUUGGACAAGCUCACAUAUCGAAUAGUAAUUACUCGCUAGGUACUCCCGAAGAUCGAGAGAUAAACCAAUGCAUGUAAUUAAUGUGUACAUAUGAAAGCGACGAUCCCGAUCGACUUGUCACAUUUUAAUAAGAAAUCCAUAAAUUCCCUUACCACAGCAUCCACACGCUACUUUGCCGUCUCUGGAUCGCUGCCCCUAGAUCUCCGUGAAUUUUAACUCAUGCAGCUCAUGUCGAAUUCAUCCGGUUUUUCAAUGCAAAGACAUCAUUCGUUUACGUCUUUCUUUCGCUCUCCAUCUUCGUCUCUCAUCUCAUAUACUCUUCGUCCCGAUUGAAAGAAUACAAACAUCAAACAGAUCAAAAUGCCUUCUCCCAUGACUAAAGCCACGCUGGCCGCGGCCGGUCUAUCCAGCGCAUCCAACAUCCUGGCGCAAUUCCUUGAAGCGUACCGAGACGGACACCCCUUUGUUUUCGAUUUCGCCAAUUUCCUUCGCUUCGUUGCUGUUACUUUCAUUACCGCUCCUCCGAAUUACAUGUGGCAACAAUUACUGGAACGUAGCUUUCCUGCAUAUGAGCGAAAGACAUCUAUCGGUGAUAUUGAAAAGCAAGGCAUAAAUGGAGAGGAUGUGCGAGCGCGAGGAAAUCCAGAGGAUCAAGAACCUAAGCUAAACUUGCGAAACACAUUCGCUAAAUGGUUCAUCGACUGUAUCACCCUCGGCGCCAUUUUUAACACGGUUGCAUUCUUCAUACUCAUGGGUAUUUUGAAGAGCCAACCCGUAGCCCAGAUCGCGCAGAACAUCAGGACCGAGACGAUCCCCGUCAUCGUUGCCGGAUACAAGAUCUGGCCGUUCGCCUCCAUCAUCAGCUUCAGUUGCGUGCCGGUGGAACGACGGAUCGUCUUCCUUAAUUUUGUGGGACUCUUGUGGGGGAUUUACAUGAGUCUCGUCGCCUCCAGAGUUUAGAGGUGUUGAUCACGAUCGGCACAUCGACAUCAGUAUGAGCUGCAUGAUGCCCACGCGAUACUGUAACGAUGUACAUUGAUCAGUGCGUAUUCCGGCGGCACGGAUAGGAUUAUCACAGGGAAUUUGGUGGAACCUUUUGUGUAUAUUUUAUAUUCAGGUAUACCAAAUCAUGCAGUCUGGAAAGCCGUUUUUGUUCUGGUCUCAAAUUUAAACGUACCUAUGCAUUCUCUUGAGAAAUCCUCGGGGCUCGUUAAUGUAGUUAAUAAACUACAAUCUUCACCAUAU